GUAAAUGCAGAUCCUGCAGAGCUGCUGGACUCCCUGUGAAAAAGACGGCUGAAAACCUGCUCCAAGGUUUGACUCCUCCUUUGGGAGAUUCAGCAGAAGAGGGGGAAAGUGAAAAGUGGGCUGCCUAACCUGACUACUCUGAUCUGUGCCAAUAAACAUUUGGUCCUCCCGCCCCCUGCUUGUGAGGGGUCGUUACAUAAAGCCCCCCAGAAGCGGGUCCCUCAGACUGCUCAGCACAGGAUACAGCCGCACCGACUCUCCAUCUGGACUGGGAGCAAGGAAGCAGAAUGUCAGGGAAGGAAGUGGGAAAUCUGUGGCUUUUCUUCUGACGCACAGGUCCGAGGCAGGAGUCGGGCAAACGUCUGUGGACUUUCUGGAAAAACGGAUCGACUGAACCACACACACCCCCUCCAGAUCUGGGAAUUUACAAAGGGAAACUCUUCAAAUCGGGAGGAAAUUCCUCAGAUUCCCAACAUCUGCAGCUACAGUCGAAGGUUGGACCGCAGCCACCAUGAGUCUGUCACGGAGCGGGACGCUGGAGAAGACGGCGUCCGAGCCGGCCCGCUCAGAGGCCCGCUCUGCCUCCAGAGCGGGGUCAGGGGUCGUGGUGCCUCCUCCUUACUCGCUGGGUGGCAGCGAGGCGGCGGACGCCCCCCUGGAGCUGCGGGGGUCCCUGGACUGCUGGGCCUGCUCCGUUCUGGUCACCGCGCAGAACCUGCUCAUCGCCCUGAUCAACGGCGCGCUGGCCAGCCUUCUGUUCGGCAUCAUCCUCACUCCCGCCCUCACCAUGAUCAUCUUUGGCUUCCUCUGCCACUCCACGGUCCAGCCCAGCGGAACGUCCCUGUUCUGCUCGGACCUGCUGGACGACACCGCCUGCGUGGCGCUGCUGGUGGUGGGCUUCCUUCUGCUGACCCCUCUGCUGGUCCUGGCUCUGGCCGCCUACUGCCGCCUGGCCCGCCACCUCCAGCUGGGCAUGUGCUUCAUCCCCUACAGCCGCGCCGUCUACAAGAACCUGCCUCCGCGCCAGGAAAAGCCCGGCUGCUGGGGGCAUCAGCAGGUGAAGAAGCGGGAUGGGAAGGGCAGUGUUUGGGUUUAGGAGAGGACCCCACCCACGGCUCCUUUGGAAAGCCAAUCAGUGCUGGAUUUCUUUGCAAAAAAUCUGUUUUAAAUAUCUGUCAUGUGUAGAUUGUCACUGAUCCCUCUAAAGCUGUUGAAAAUCCUGUUUGUAUCUCCUUUUUUUAACUCCUUUUUAUACAUUUUUUUUAUAAUAAAGUGACUCACUGACUAUUGAA